CAUGGUAUUAUAUAUAAAUAUCUUUUUAAAUACAUUAAAAAUUAGGUGUAGCAUUUAUGUAGUUCCUUUUAAUAAAUAGAUGGCGAACAAUUUUGCAGUUUUUACCAAGGGGGCCCUUGGUAUAACUCUCCUUGUGUUCAGACUAGCAAUAUGUUUACCUCCAGAACUCUCCAGAAGCAAAUGCUUCGAUGCCCAAGUAAAACUGCUGGACACCAAGUGGACCCUCUACCAAAACCUGAUACGUAUCAAGUUACACAAGUGUAUGAUAACGAAAAUCACAAAUUACAUGGACUGCAUUAGCAAGAAAUCGGUAAGGAACGAAGAAACAUUCACCUACUACGACACAUCGAGGAGUUGUAUAGAUCUAGCUAGAGAAGAGUCUCCUAAGUCGGUUACUACAGAAUAUCCUUGUCUCAACGGCAAUAUUAGAAAAGUAACAGAGACGAACCACGCGACCCACGCUACGGGAGAAGUUAACCUCCAAACCGACAAACUGUUUUUACCGUCGGGGUUUGCCUGCAAGUACAGCCUAGGAUUUUGUUACGACUUCAACCUUGGAGGUUACGUGUGGGAGACAAGUAUACCAGAUGAUAUUUUGUGCAACAAUCUUAUACGAUUGGACAGAGAUGGCAUGACGGUGAUGAAGUUUUCGCUAGACAGUGAGUAUAUAGUUUUUGAAGAAGAAACCAAAGCUCUCGCUGUGGAAUUAAUCGAAGAGCUAGAUCUAUGCGGAGGAAAGGUGUGGACCGAUAAAAAAGGGUUCUUCGUCACCAACGACACUUUCUUCAAACCAGAAUCGAGACUCCAUCAGGUUUAUGUAGAAGCUGAUAUGCCGCAGAAACAACGCGUUUACGAAGGGCUGGUGGAAGACUGCGAGCAGAAUGGGGGCGUCGCUGCGUCCUUCUACUACUACACCACCAUUGUCCUGUUGGCUUACGUACUCUUGCACUUCUCUUUUUCAGUUUACGGCCACUUGACCAAUUGCAGGACGUUCAGAAGAGAGAGGGGCGAGACCUGCAAAUGGCUGUUUCAGAGCUGGAUCAACAGGUCGUUUAUGAACAAAUCGACAGUAACCGAAACAAAGCUGCUGUCGGACAUAGAGAUGGCCAACGUUAGUCGAGAGUCGUGUCCUUCGUAUUACCAGUUACGCCUGCCUAAUAGAGAUAUUAAAUAAUAAUAUAAUAUUGCAUGGAAAUGCGUAAAACGCCAGUUUCUUCUAUUUUUUGAUUUUUAUUUUGCUACACUAGAAGUUUAAAAAAUAAAGCAAAUAGUCAGGGAA